AUAAACAGCCAGUACAAUUUGCAUUUUGUGCAAAAACCAACUUCUCUAGAGAGCGACUACGACUCAGAGAAGAGCAUGGCGAGGCUGAGAGAGUUGAGAAAGGGUUUCAAAGCUAUUCAAGAUUUGGAACUUCUCAACCUCUUCAAAUCAGAAAUUAAUUUUGAACUUUCUUCUAAUCACUUUCAGAAUGCUCAAAUUGGUUCUUUAGGUGAAUUCGUAGUGGACUAUGAUUCACCUCAUUCCAAAGAUGUGAUUUUGAGAAGAAAAUGUGAUUCGGGUGAGGAAGUUGCUCUUUCAGCUCUAUUGGGUCCUCCUAACUAUGAAAAAGAUCUUAUUUUUGUAAGAGAUGUUUUCAUGAAAGUAUGUGUUAAGAAGCCAGCUUUGUCCUCUAUCUUGCAAUUUGACUGUAGAGCUUAUCAAGAAACUGAUAAAACCUCUCAAUUUGAAAUCAACAAUGCUUAUUAUCUUAGAUCGCCCGCGUCUCUUGGCUCUUCCAUUUACAGAGGCCCCUUGUUCAGUGAAUUGGAUAUUAAGUUGCAAAAAGCAUUCAAGGAAUACCUAAUAGACAAGGGCAUUGGAGGAAACUUGACCAAUUUCCUUCUCCACUAUCUACACACAAGAGAGCAAAAGCAAUACAUGAACUGGUUGAAAACAGGCGAAGCAUUCCUGUCUAAAAACGAGUCAUUGAAUCAACAUUCAUAGUCACGUUCUGCAUAGUUAUGCAGAGUUGCAUUAUAGUUAGUAUAAGCAAUGUCCCAAGCGUAGGAAUGUGGAUUUAGGUGUUCCAUUUUAUCAAUUUUUGUAUUCAAUAAUGUAAGAGCUAGAAUCAUGCCGAGGUUGUCAAACUUAUAAUAUCACAGUCAAUUUUCAAAUGUGAAGUUAAAAUUUUGAAGAUUGGAAUGAGAAUAUUUGAUUGAUAAA